AUGGUGACGAGGGUCGAGUUGAGGGACGGAGAAAUUCACAAAACUGUGAAUAUGGUAAGCGAUUCCUGGGAUUCCGAAAAGAAGACUCUUGCAGCCGGCCCUGUUCAUCCAAUCCUCGUUCAACCCGAUUUUCGCAGUUUUCUACUUUCUUCUCGUUCUGCUCCUUGGCGUGUGGACGACAACGACGAUGGUCGACAGAUGGAAAAGUACUCUGACUCGAAAAUGACUUUUAUGCAAACAUUUGCAGAGACUCAGUCCACGCGCCGCAACACGUUCUGCAAGAAAAUGACAAGAGUGGUGUGUUGCAACAGUGUUCUGAUGUCGGGCAACUUGAUGUUUUUGGUGGGCGACAGAAGAGAAAACAAAAAAGGAAUGAAACUUUUCAGGUAGUAGUCAGUCUUUUGCUGAUAUUAUCGCCGGUCGAAGCAAUGUCAAUGUUAUUGCAAGCAAUCAUUGUCACUUUCACAUCCGAUCUGGUGAGGAUCACUGUGAAACACGCAAGUAAUGCUAAACUUGUUCAGUUCACAUUGGCAAUGCCGUACAUUUUGCUGCUCUUCGACUCGAAUAUCAGAAGAAAGUUCGGAUUGGAGCAUCACGAAUCGCCCACAUUCUACUCGAUUUAUCCUCCCCCGGAGAACUGA